AUGUCUGAUUUCUGGCUAACGAGGGUAUGGACCGCCGCAGCGAAGGGCCUCGUUGCGGGCAAAUAUUCGGUCAAUUAUCGUAAUGGCUCGUUUUCCAGCAUGGGCGACGACGGCAAUGCUCUUCUCAUUCCUGAUUAUCAGUAUGUGCAAACGAUCAAUGCAGAAAGUGCAGCUUGGGUAAUUGUGGUUGAGAAAGAAGCCAGAGGAUACCCCGACAUAUCAACCAGAUCGUUCCUUGGUCAUCUUUCGACUUUCUACGCUGAGAAAGGGGUCGAGCCCCCAAUCUGGGCAUUAGUCGAUCUUGACCCCGAUGGUAUUGCGAUCAUGUCUACCUACAAGUACGGCUCAAUCAACCUCUCGCACGAAAAUGAGAGCCUACAAUUACCGUCGCUUCAAUGGCUUGGUCUUGAAUGGAAGGACAUCUUCAAUUCUAUCAUUGCAGACUCUGCGCAAAUCAGUGACCGUCGUCUGAGCCUCAGCGGCAGAGAUAGAGCCAAGGCUGUCAAGAUGCUGCAAAAUAGCCCACCUCUGGCCGAGCAUGGGGCUGAGCCUAAAUGGAGGCGAGAGUUACAGGUCAUGCUGUUUACGGGUGCUAAGGCUGAAAUGGAGAUACUCGGAGACAAUAUCACGAGUCUAGCUAGCAAGCUAGGUCCUGUUAAUGCUCCAAGACGGUGGUGA